CGCUCCAUGAUAAAUUACCCGACCCGAACUCGACCUGCUACAAGACGGGUAUGAGUAUCGAGAUACCCUUCCCGACCUGCCCAUUGCCAUUCCUAGGGCGGCGAUUGAAUGUUGUCUGCCUGCUUGGCGGCGAUCGUAAGAGAAAUCUAAUUUCAUACGACAGGCGGGGGCCGGAAAGUAAGAGAAGGGGAAGAGGAUGAUAAAACCGGGGAGGAAAAUAGUCCAAAAAUUAAUAGAGAGGAAUUACUAUCUAGAAAGAUAUCGCUGGGGUGAGGUUAAGUAUCCCGUCAUCGAAACAGAAGCUCCCAGCCAAAUCCCUAGUCAACAAAUAGCGGCAAGCAAGGCAAGCAAUCCGGAUUUGUUUGUUGUAGGUCAGACGGAAUUGAAUUGGAAUGGGAGCAAGCAGCGACCCUAAUCAAGACGGCGGCUCCGAUGAGCAGCAGAAGCGAUCCGAGAUCUACACCUAUGACGCUCCCUGGCACAUCUACGCAAUGAACUGGAGCGUCCGCCGCGACAAGAAGUACCGGCUCGCCAUAGCCAGCCUCAUGGAGCAGUACCAGAACCGCGUUGAGAUUGUUCAGCUCGACGAUUCCAACGGCGAGAUCCGCUGCGACCAAAACCUCUCCUUCGAACACCCUUUCCCUCCGACGAAGACCAUGUUCAUCCCUGACAAGGACUGCCAGAAGCCGGACCUCCUGGCCACCUCCAGCGACUUCCUCCGCGUCUGGCGAAUCUCCGACGACCGGGUGGAGCUCAAGAGCCUCCUCAACGGCAACAAGAACAGCGAGUAUUGCGGCCCUCUCACCUCCUUUGACUGGAACGAGGCCGAGCCCAAGCGAAUUGGCACCUCCAGCAUCGACACCACCUGCACCAUCUGGGACAUAGAGCGCGAAACAGUCGACACCCAGCUCAUUGCCCACGAUAAGGAGGUCUACGACAUCGCCUGGGGCGGCGUCGGCGUCUUCGCCUCCGUCUCCGCGGAUGGCUCCGUCAGGGUCUUCGAUUUGCGGGACAAGGAGCACUCCACCAUUAUCUACGAGAGCUCUGAGCCUGAUACCCCCUUGGUCCGCCUGGGAUGGAACAAACAGGACCCCAGGUACAUGGCCACCAUCAUCAUGGACAGUGCCAAGGUUGUCGUCCUCGACAUCCGCUUCCCUACCCUACCCGUGGUUGAGUUGCAGCGGCACCAUGCCAGCGUCAACGCUAUCGCCUGGGCACCUCAUAGCUCUUGCCACAUUUGCACCGCUGGAGACGAUUCCCAGGCCUUGAUUUGGGAUCUCUCCUCCAUGGGCCAGCCUGUUGAGGGCGGACUCGAUCCCAUUCUUGCUUAUACAGCGGGCGCCGAAAUUGAGCAGCUGCAGUGGUCCUCUUCCCAGCCUGAUUGGGUUGCUAUUGCCUUCUCUACCAAGCUCCAGAUUCUCAGGGUCUGACCUGAUCCGGCCUACUUACCUAUUUAUAAGUAAACUUUUUUCGUCUUUGCCAACUCCCCACAAUUCACAAUGGUGUAUGCACGCAUGUCUACACUACACUUGCUGGUGAGUGCCCCCAUGUAAUUUCAAUUUUAACCUCCUGGAUAGGGUAGCUACAAUUUCUUUUUCCUUAAUGUGGUGUGAGGUGGAGUGAAGGGGUGAAACUUGUUUGGCGUGUACUUGUUCUUAAUACUAACUUCAUGCGCUGCAACAACUUUGAGUUAGUUUCUACUUCUCCUUUACUUGAUUGCUUAUGAUUUAUAAGCUUGUUCUGCACGUGUGUUAUGUUCUCUCUGCUCUGCUUGUGGGGGCGUGUUGCUAAUGGUAUAUGAACUUCCAGAUGUCAUACCUCUGUAAGCUUGCUGUAAGGAUUGUACAUGUCGGUGAACGAAUCCUCUUUUAGAUGUACACUCCUGAAACACUUAAAUUUGAGUAUCAACGGAAUAAAUGUAACAGUUUAAUGUUCUUCAGAGUUGGAGGAGAAGAUCAUUUUGGCGGGCAGCAGAUUCCGAUUAAGUGAUGCAUUUCCUGGACGCACUUGGUUGAUCAGAUAUAGAGGUAGAUAGCUAGGAUAGGAGCUCAGACCGAUAUGCAAUAUGUCAACCAGUGGAUACAAGUUUAAUCAGAAAGCUGUGUACCACGAGGCACGAGGAGUGCUCAGAACAGUAAACGCGGUUUUUGUUCCUUUUGCACUGUUUUUAAACUCAUAAUAAUUAUGAUGAGCCUACAAUACUUUGCUGUCCGAGCCUCCGAGGUAGGCCUCUGAUUGUAGCUGCAUCUGUCCCUUCAGUGCAUUCUCUAAAGGAAGUGUUAUACAUUGGGGUAUCUGUAGAUUGUUUCAAGUGCCAGUAGCUUUGCUUCGCAUCAGAAUCAUGUUAGCUGGACAUUGGUUUGGUUUGGGUGCCGAUAGAAUUUCUGACAAACCGAGCAAGGAACCAAUCAGUCGUUUUUUGUCCCAUUCUCUCAGACCUGUCACAAGUAGAUUCUCCUUGCCAUAAACGUAAAGAAAAUUGUACAAGCUAUCCCCGUAUGUAUCUUCCUGUAACUGUAAGUGUCACCACCAUUAUUGUUACUGGGAAACAUUCAGCUGCCAAGAAGAAAUCAAGGUGGCCGGUCGAUGUUUUAACAGUUUUGGAAACAUGGAGUUUGAACAAUGAAGUGAUGUGGAUCAUACCCGACUAAGCCAACACAAACUUGGGGUGUGAGACCGAACUCUACAUCACUGGUGUCACUGAUCCAAAAGAGCCGUGCCCAGGCUCGACAAUAAACCACUCACAACUACAAGAUUAUCAAUCCCUCAACUAACUCAAAGCGGGUUCUUUGUGUUUUGCACAUCAGCAAUCAGCAAGUGCUAUGAGCUGAUCAACUACUCCUGGAUCGGCCAGAGUACUCGUGUCUCCAAGCUCAUCCAAUUGCCUGGACGCAAUUUUCCUCAGAAUCCUCCUCAUAAUCUUACCACUUCUUGUCUUCGGGAGGCCAGGAGCCCAGUGUAUCCUAUCUGGUGCGGCAAAGGGUCCUAUCUGGAAGGGAGAAACAUAUCCACCACUUCAGGCUAUAUUCAAACAUAACAGGCCCCGAGGGCAAAGCUCCAAAUAAAUAGAACCUAACUAU